AUGGCUGUGGCCGACAGCAAGGGGACCCUGCUCAUGCCAGCCAGCGGUGCCCUGGCCCUGCUUGGUGUCCUGAUCUACCUGGGGGCCCUGUGUGCUGCCUGCAGACGCAAGGGCAGGAAGAAGAAGGUCCCUCCAGAUGGGGUGAAGCUGGUGGAUGAGGCCCUGCCGGGGCAGACACAGCUGCGCUCGCUCAGCAAGUCGGACACCAAGCUGCAUGAGCUGUCCCGAGUGAAGGCCAGGGAUGCCUCCCAGUGCCCAGCCGGCCUGGAUCUCCCGUGCCCCCCAGCCAGUGGUGACUCCAUCAGCAUCUUCCUGCACCGGGAGCUGCCCCAGAUCCCUGGCCCCCAGCCCCUGGCAGCCUCCUCAGCCCCUGAGCAGACCUACUCCAACCUGCUCUGCACCCCAGCGCAGAAAGCGGUGCAGGACAUUGUCUAUGAGUGCGUGGCCAUGGGGGCAGAGGAUGCCCCAGUGCCCCCCGUGCCCACCAGCAGCCAAGUGCUCCACAGACAUGCAGAGCAGGGAGCAGCCAACUACGCCUGUGUCCGGAAGGUGAAGAAGGCAGUGCCCACCGAGGUGCAGGAUGGAGCUGUGGUGGCACCUCCCACAGCUCUACACUGCUGGGAUGGUGCCCGCAAUGCCACCCUGGCAAAGCUGGAGGACAUGUACUCAACGGUGUGCAAAGCCACCAAGAAGAAAACCCAGGUCCCCACACCGUCCUCAGGGGAGAGGGGUGCUGGGUGGCCACCCCUGUGCCAGGACGAGGGUGCCCUGGCUGGGUGUUGGUCCCCUCCAGCAGCCCAAGGCACCCUGGACCCCUGCUAUGAGUCCAUCAACGACAGAGCCUGGACUGCUCAGGGCUGUGGCCCCGACCCAGACUACGAGGCUGUGGACCUGAGCUGGAGGAAGGUGGUGAAACGGGAGCCAGGCAAGGACUCAGCCCCCGAGAGCCUCUACGAGAGCGUGGGGGACAUCUGGGCAGGGGAGCCCCGCAGAGCCCCGGCCAGGACAGCAGCCAGCGGGCUGGAGGUCUACAUCACCAACCUAUAG